AUGGGCAUGGCGCAAUCGCUCGGGCCCGACGUCCCCUUCACGACCCUCGCCUCGUCCGAGAUCUUCUCGCUCGAGAUGUCCAAGACCGAGGCCCUCACCCAGGCCUUCCGCAAGUCCAUCGGCGUGCGCAUCAAGGAGGAGACCGAGAUCAUGGAGGGCGAGGUCGUCGAGAUCCAGAUCGACCGCUCCGUCACGGGCGGCGCCAAGCAGGGCAAGCUCACCAUCAAGACCACCGACAUGGAGGCCGUCUACGACAUGGGCGCCAAGAUGAUCGACGCCAUGACCAAGGAGCGCGUCAUGGCCGGCGACAUCAUCUCCAUCGACAAGAGCAGCGGCAAGAUCACCAAGCUGGGCCGCAGCUACGCCCGCAGCCGCGACUACGACGCCAUGGGCGCCGACACAAAGUUCCUCCAGUGCCCCGACGGCGAGCUGCAGAAGCGCAAGGAGGUGGUGCACACCGUCACCCUGCACGAGAUCGACGUCAUCAACUCGCGGACGCAGGGCUUCCUGGCCCUGUUCAGCGGCGACACGGGCGAGAUCCGCAGCGAGAUUCGCGACCAGAUCGACACCAAGGUCGCCGAGUGGAAGGAGGAGGGCAAGGCCGAGAUCGUCCCCGGCGUCCUGUUCAUCGACGAGGUGCACAUGCUCGACAUCGAGUGCUUCAGCUACGUCAACCGCGCCCUUGAGGUCGACCUGGCCCCCGUCGUCAUCAUGGCCAGCAACCGGGGCAACUCCAAGAUCCGCGGCACCGACUACCGCAGCCCGCACGGCCUGCCGCUCGACUUCCUCGACCGCGUCGUCAUCAUCCAAACCCAGACGUACGCCGCCGACGACAUCAACAAGAUCCUGGCCAUCCGCGCCCAGGAGGAGGAGGUCGACGUCUCGCCCGACGCCCUGGCCCUGCUGACCAAGAUCGGCCAGGAGGCCGGCCUGCGCUACGCCAGCAACCUCAUCACGACCUCGCAGCUCAUCUCGGCCAAGCGACGCGCCAAGCAGGUCACGGUCGACGACGUGCAGCGCAGCUUCAAGCUCUUCUACGACCCGAACCGGAGUGUGCGCUUCGUGUCCGAGUCGGAGAAGCGUCUGAUCGGGAACAACGGGGCGGUGGAUUUUGCCAUCCCCAACGGCAACGGCGGCGGCGACGCCAUGGAGAUUAGCUAG